AAGCGAAAACGAGUUCGACGUCUCUUGUUGUAGUUGGAUUUUCCAGCCACCUUUCGACGAGAUUGUGUGAAAAAUUCCGUAGCAUUCGAUAGCUCCAAAAUGGUGGAUAAGUUCAUCAGCAUGUGGAAAGUGCGCGAAUUGGCGGACAAGGUCACCAAUGUCGUGAUGAAUUACACGGAGACGGAGGGCAAGGUGCGGGAGGCCACCAACGAUGAUCCCUGGGGACCCACUGGACCACUCAUGCAGGAGUUGGCCUACUCCACCUUCUCCUACGAGACGUUCCCCGAGGUGAUGUCCAUGCUGUGGAAGCGCAUGCUGCAGGACAACAAAACCAACUGGCGACGCACCUACAAGAGUCUACUUCUUCUAAACUAUUUGGUGCGGAAUGGCUCCGAACGGGUGGUGACCUCCUCCCGGGAGCACAUCUACGAUCUGCGUUCGCUGGAGAACUACACGUUCACCGACGAGGGCGGCAAGGAUCAGGGUAUUAAUGUUAGGCAUAAGGUACGAGAGCUUAUAGACUUCAUUCAGGACGACGAUCGGUUGCGCGAGGAGCGCAAGAAGGCGAAAAAGAACAAGGACAAGUACAUUGGCAUGAGCAGCGAUGCCAUGGGCAUGCGCAGCGGCGGCUACAGCGGUUACAGUGGAGGCGGUGGAGGAGGCGGCGGCAGCGGCGGUGGCUACAAUGAUGGUGGCGACUACCGCUCUAGUCGUGGAGACAAUUGGUACUCUGACAAGAACGCCGACAAGGAUCGCUACGAGGAUGAUGAUACUCACUACGAUGGAGAGCGCGAAGGAUCCGACAGCGACUCACCCAGUCCAAGACGUAAUUAUCGCUAUAAUGACCGCGCCAGUCCCGCCGAAGUGGCCAGCGAGGCCAAGCCCUCCAGCCUCAGCAUGAACAUUCGCUCGAAGACUGUCAGCUCGCCGGUUUCCAAACAGCCCACUUCAACGGUGGCCGCCAAGCCGACGCUGCCCCAGAAGAAGAUCGAUCUGGGUGCGGCGGCUAACUUUGGAAAGCCAGCGCCAGGCGGUGCUGCCGGCAUUCACUCGCCCACGCACCGCGACACACCUACCAGCGUGGACCUAAUGGGCGGCGGCUCACCCUCACCGUCCACUUCCAAGGCCAACAAUAAUACGCAAAGCAAUAAUAACGAUCUGCUGGACGAUCUGUUCAAGACUUGCUCGCCACCGCCAGCGCAGGAGCAGACACUGAACAGCGCCGCAAGGAUCGUGGACGACGACGACGAUGACUUUAAUCCGCGGGCCAGCGAUGCUGGCCAGCAGGAGUUCGGGGACUUUGCCGCCGCCUUCGGUGGCAAUCCAGCUGGAUCGGCGCUCAGCGAGCCACCAUCAACGGGCCUCGUUCCGGCUGUCAACGAUGAGUUUGCCGACUUUGCCGCAUUCCAAGGAUCGACCAGCUCGACCUCCGCUCUGGACGGGAAUCUGCUAAAGACGGCCACGCCGGCGAACGAUUCCUUUGACCUGUUCAACUCCGCUCCCGCCACGACGGCGGCGGCCACAACGGCCACGGAUCUCCUGGCGGGCCUGGGCGAUCUGUCCAUACACCAAAGCAUGCCCAUGGCUGUCGAAGAGCAGUUGGCAUCCGGUGGCGAUUCGAUGUCGCCGUCUCAGCCUUCCCCGCCGUCGGAGGCAGUGCGUCUGGCCCUGGCCAAGGCGCAGAGGCAGCUGCGCGACUUGGGGCAGGUGCAGAGCGCCUCGGCCACCGCCCAAGUGGCAUCCGUUCUGCGGGAGCUGCUGCACGCGAACGCCCUGCCCGGCUUUGCCACCCCGGAGCAGUUGGUGGGCCUCGAUCGUCAGACGUGCGACUGGAGUUCGCUGGCCAACGGAGAGUACGCCGCCUUGCUGAACCAACUGGUGGAGCUAUUCAGCCAGGAUUGGCCAGAACCGUCGCGGGAUGUGGAUGUGCUGAAUCUUUUCAAACUCGAUCACAGCUUUGAUUACAUACGGGUUGCCUUUGAAGCGCUGCUGAGAAAAUUGGAUCAGUUUCCGGGUACAAUCACAUCGUUGCUGCAGGAUCUACUCAAAGAUGAUGGCCUAAUUGCUGUCGCCUUGCUGCACAUCUCCCGCCAGAGAGGAUCUUUGAUGCAGCGGUUUGCCAGGACCAUUAAAGUAAUGCCGGAGAGGCGUGUGGAGGAGCUGGAUGCCCAGGUGAAGGCGUUCUUUCAGCUGCUCAUCGGACUUCCAGCCCAGGUGGCCAAUCGGUUGGGUCGCAGGCUGCCGGAGAUGUUCGCCCCUGUUCCUUACCAGCAGCUCCUGCUGCGCCAGUGGCUGAAAUCCUUGCACUUUGUGCUGCAGUGCGAUGAUACCGAGGAUUGCUUUGAUCUGGAACCCUACUCCUGGCUUCUCUCACAGCUUGUAAAUCUAAUUUACGAUGGACCAACGUUGCAGGGUUUCCUGCGAGUGCUCAAGGACUAUGCGGUGGCCCCCAGAGGAAGGAAAUUAGUGCAUACUAUUCUGAAGGAACUUGAUCCUGCUGCUUGUUUGAAGACCGCUCAAUCGGCGCUUUCGGCGGAACUGAAUCUCUACGUACUUCUUGGAGCUUCCGCCCUGGAGACACCCCACUGGAAGCACUGCCUGCUCCAGAAGUUGCCACUCCAGCGGACACCGGUGGAAAACAAGCAGCUUAAGACUUUGGGGAGCUAUCUGAAUGUCGUGGCUCCUGCUCAACUGCAGGUGCUCUUUAAUCAACUGCUGGGAAUCUGGUCAAAGCGAAUCUCUUUGCAUAAACUGGGCAGCCAAGAGCACUUGGCCAUAUCCAAAAUGAUUGUGCUGGCCGGAAAAUGCCUUUCCCGCAGUCUUCAAAUGGAUUUGGACACCAAGCGUCAGCUGCACGAUGGACUGAGCCACCAUUUGCAGUCCCCAGAUGCGCUGCAGCGACAUGUGGGCAUGAAGACAGUGGAGCUGCUCUUCAAUUUUAUGGCUUUGCCUGAUACAAAGGAGGAAGAUCGCUUAAAAUUCGAUUACGAUUCAAUGCAGGAAACUCGGCAGUGGCACAUCUUUGAGGAGUUUGAUGAACUGGCUCGCUUUGAAUCGCCCAGCAAGUCCAAAUUAGAUGAGAAGCCAGAUGAAGAUCAGUUGAAACAGUUGGAGUCACAUCUCAAGGAGUUUAUGAGUAACUCAGAGGAAAAGGAGCAGCUCAAUCGCCAUAAAAUUGAAGCCAAACCAAAGCCACCUACCAAAACAGAAAGUGUCAGCAUGCAGCUGGACUCGGAUGACGAUGAGCCACUGGAUGAAGACGACGACGAUGAUUUGAAGCCCUACGAUAUGUCCAAUGACAUAACCAGCACCAUUGAGGAGCGCCCCAAAUUCGUCAUAGACUUGCUGCAACUUCUCCGUACAAAAGUGGAGAAUUACCAAGUGUUUGAGGGCGCUUUUGGAACGGCCGAGCAGCUCAUUCGUGGCCAGCUGGCCAGGCAUGACACUCAGUUGGCCAUUGAUCUGCUGCAGUUAUUCAUCGUCAUGGAAAUGCAGUUCUACUAUGAGCACUUCGAGCGUACACAGUUCAAGUGCUGUGUGGCCAUUUGUGUUUCGCAUCCGGGAGCCUGUGCCGAGUACUUGUGCCGCCAGUUUCACACGGAUAACACCUGCUAUGCGGCCAGUGUGCGCAUCCUGAUGCUCCAGGUGCUGGCAGCGGCGGCCAAAGAACUAUCUGGCGACGAGAAGCAGGAAACUGAGAGUGAAAUCCUGGACAUUGUGCCACCAGCAGCCAAACAGCCGCGCAAGUUUGAUCUCCACCAGGAGGAGGAGAGUCCUGCCGCCCGUCUGGCUGCUGCCCAGCGAAUCAUCCGCGAACGAUUGCGUGCCAAGACAAAGCGUUAUUUCAGCAAGCCCAAGGUUGGGGAUCGAAUUGAAAAGGCCAAUCCAUUUCACCCGGUGGCAGGCACUUUCUUCUUCAAUUUGGUCAGGGGCCAACGGACACGCCAGAUGCUUUUCGUGAAGUACGAAAACAUAUCGCACGACAUUGACACCCAGUUGCUGGUAAAUCUACUGCACACCCUGUCCGUGAUUGUCAUGUGCUCCCAGAAUUGUCCACUGCUCCCGGCCAUGACCCGCGAGAUCUUCGACCUGUGCGCCUUUGUGCGCUUCAAUGCCGAGGCUCGUGUGCGAGCGGCCACUCUGCAGCUAAUAGGGAUCGCCCUGGUCACCACACCGGGUCAUGUGCUGGCCCAGCACUUUGCCGAGUCGCUGAACGAGCUGCAGCGCUGGCUGGAGGACUUUAUACGAUCGCCCCUCAUCGGUGGGGAAUCCUCGGAGGAGUGCCGGGAUCUGGCCCAAAGCAUCCUGGACACCUGCUACAAGCUGUUCGAUUCAGCUGCCAUGGAACAGGCAGCCUAACCAUUCUUAAGAAGAAAUAACUAUUGAAAAACUAAAGAUUUCUUUACUAUAAAAACUGUAUUUGAAAUACAUAAUCCUUAUGCUUUUCUAAAGAAAAAGAAAGACAAUUUUAUGCUUUUAGUUGUUAUAAAGCCAUAUAUAUGUACAAAAAAUAGUUCCAGUUUAAACAACCAACAUAAAUAUUAUAAAUCCCCCAAGAACAUUGUCAUUGAAAAACCUUCUAUUAUCUCAUAAUUUGGCAAAGCUAAUCAUAUAUUUCAUACCUUCACCAUUACAAAUUUUUAAAGAAAGUAUUCGACAUAAAACAUUGUCCUUAAGCAUUUUCUUAACAUUAUAAAAUAAUAAUAAUGAACUCACAAAAGAGAUGUACUUGCUAGAAAUAAGUUAUAUAGUUCAUGAUGAUUAUGUAUUUCUCGCUUCGCCAAGCCAUUGUAUUACAGGUAUACAUAUACGGACUUACUUCAUUUAAA